AUGAUAUUCCAGGUAGCACCUCUAAUUGUGGCUUCCGCGAUCGCACGAUUCGUAGCUGCGGAAGUUGCGCCGGAGAUCACCACCGUUGCAGAAGGCUACAACGUGAUUGCCAAGCUCCCAUGUAUUGGUUGCCCGUUCCUACACCAGGACACGUCGCAAGGCAGCGAUGCGCCAUGGACUGAGAGGAGAGAUGAUAACGCUCUGCUGCUGAACAUCUCUCUCCCAUACGACUCAUCGCAAUUGAACAUCAACAAUGCUCCACUGCUAGCAGACUCAAAGAUUCUGCCGCGGAUAUACGUCAAUCAAGUCUUGUUGGACACGUCGAAAGACGAUGUCGAUAAGCUUGUUGAAUCCAAUCAGCUCGACAACCUUGGAGGUGCUUACUUUGGCGCUUCAUACUCCUACUCCUUGCGAAGUCUCAAAGAGUCCAACGCGCUGCUGUUCUACUUUGAUGUCAUGGAGAUGUGGACUGAUCUGACCUCUCCACAUCUUACCGUCAUCAUGGACAAGGAGGAGCAGAAGGUUCUGGAAGUCGUGCUUCUACAGCGUCCCUUGCUCUCAGCUGGCGACCAUGCGAGCGCGUACGAAAUCAUCCGUGCUUCACUCGUUCCACGUAAAGAUAUCAAAAAACCGAUGAAAAUGCACAUGUGGUUCCACGACUGGGAUGCCAAUGGCAAGAAAGGCACUGCGACACAUAUGGUCAAUUCGGCUUCGUCAUCCUUUGUCGACUACAUUAGCUCUGGCAUCUGGUCUUUGUUCAUAUUUAUUCUUGCAGUCAUGGCGCUGUUCGUCAUUGUGUGCUUGUUUAUCAUCUUUGGGUGUGGAUUGCAUAAAGACGACUACGAACAGGCGCAGCAUGGCAAACGCAAAAGCGGUGGAAGGAAUGAUAUAGAGUCCGUGCGGAGGUUCAGGACACCCGAAGAGCUGGGACUCAGAGGCAGUGGAAGGGUGGUUGGAGUUGGAAAGAGCGAUUGA